AUGGUGCCCAAGUACAACGGCAAAGGUAUCAAGGGUGGCAAAGUAUUGGAACCAAAGGUCGGGAUAUAUGAGGACUUUGCCAUGACAACGACAACGACAACGACAACGACAACUUCUCAGCAACCAGAAUCACUUCCAACCGGUGGUGCCAAUAAUACUGGCGCAGACAUGAACAUGAAUAAUCUCGAUAUAGAAUGGUUCGUGACCCAGGGCGACCUUAUAGAGGGAUUUGAUCAGAAGCUACAGGGUGACAUUCUGCACAUGAUGACCCGUUUUCUUGAACGGCGCAAGGUCGCACGGGCAAAGUAUGCAGACCUGAACGACCGCCGGAUUGAAGAACAUAUGAUCGGCAACCCCAAGGUGAAGACCAUGAAGGUCAUGUAUAUUGCACAGCAGUUGGCCUACAAGGUAUGCGCUAAUGAGAUAUAUGGGCAACUGUUCAAUCGGGCCAGGGGCUGGAAUCGUAUAGCUUUCCCGUAUGUGGGCGCUGCCAUCACCGCCAAGGGCCGUAAUCUGGUUGAUACCAUAGUCCAAUUGACUAAAGAUUCAGAGUAUGACUUUGAGGUCAUUUCGGCGAUACGGAUUCGAUCUUUGUAUUUUGUUCCCAAUCCGGGAUCAAUCGAACUUUGA